AUGACAUCGAAACAAGCGUAUAAAAGCGCUCCCGUCCUGCUCAAUGGCCACACUCCUGAAACUGCACCUCAACGUGAAGAGUGGAACUCUGGUCUGCCACUAUGUAUUUUACUGUCAUCUUCGCUGCCGUCGCCUUUUCAAUGGCCGGGGAAGCUGUUCCGUCGGCUAGGACAUUCGCUUCGUCGCAGCAUUCGGCACACAGCAUUCCUGCUCACAACCACAACUCCCAUCACCACAUCUUCCCAGGCGUCCAGCAGAAUACCGCUAACCACGGCCAUCAGGUUCAUGUUGAAGAAGACUCCUCCAUUGCGGUUCUCGUCUGUCAAGUCGUCAAGGUUCCUGCUGGAUCUCCUGUUCCUCAGCCAGCACCCGCAGUUCCAGCAACACCCCCAAUAGCUGCCGGCUCACCCUCUAUCCUAGUGUCUUCACAAGAGACUCUGUCAGACUUAACCACCCGCGUCAGGACUGCCAUGGAUAGCCUUGUGGAACCACUCGCCGCCGCCUUGCAGAAUGCAUCACUGUGGCUAAACCGUACGUCGCAGCAACAUCUCCAUCAGCAGCAUCAACACAUGUCAGUGCAGCAUAAGCACGCUGGACAUAACCACCAGCAUGCUACUCAUAAUCACCACUCUCAUCAGCACAUGCAUGGCAGCCAGGUCAACCAGGACGGAGCACACGCCCAUCAGCCCCAGCAUGAUGGGCACGCUAGCCAGCACACCCACUCUGCUCAAGGCCAUCAAACCCAGCAAGCUGUUCCUGCACUGGCCGUGCCGAUGACCGUAGUCUCCGUUCCUGUCAUGAUUCCAGCUGUACACGCUGGUUCCUUUCCCCUCGUGAACCUUUCCGCCGUCGUUCCUGCAAGCAUGAAUGUGUCUUCACUACAGUUUACUGGUCCUGUCCGCACUGCUACUUCCCUGGAAGACGCUUCUGCUGCAACGGUUCCUGGUUCCAUCAUCAUUGGCCGUAGUGGCGACCAACCCACGACCUUGAGCCCAGCCACCCCGGUAAUUCUGCCGUCGCGUGGGCACUCCUCCGCAGCAGUUUCUCGCAAGUUUAGCGUCAGACAAGUCGCUACUCCUCCACCUAUUAUACACGUACCAGUGUGUCCUGACUUCUGCUGCCGCCGGUAAUGUUGCCGCAUUGCUGAGCGUUUCGACAAGUGGCACAAUCCCCGAACUGAGCCUACUUUUAUAGCUAUUUUCAGGAGCAUAGGCCAAUUUAUAAGUUUGUCACUUUAAGAGCUCGAUGAAUGACUUUUUAGGCUGACAGAUCGUGCAUGUAUUUGAAUCGGCAAUAAAGAGACCACUUUUAUGCAUGUGA